AUGGCGACUAUGUCAAGGCCGCUGCUACCGCAGCUGGUGAGCUGUACGCCUACGGCAGGUACGACGUGCUUUUCAAGCCGACCAAGGCUGCCGAGCACCAGUUCCGGCCUAAGGCCGAAGAGGCCAUGUCCUAUUUUGUCGGUUGCAAGGCUGUCGACAAUGGGUAUGUUGAGGACGGCGGUUUUGCGAUCAAUGGCGGCAAGGGCUGGUCGGAUUGCGUGUACGACAACCACCAGAUCGACCUCAAUGGUCAUGUCGCCAUCGCCAUGGGCAACUACUACUUCACCUGCGCAACAACUGGAGAGAAAUCCAAAGUCGAGUACACCUUUGGCUACCAACGCUGCGAUGACGGCAAGGUUCGCAUCUUCUUGCACCAUUCGUCCGUGCCGUACGCCGUCUCCAGUCAAGCAGCGGACCCCAAGGGACAUAUGGUGGUCAGCACAGCAGCGGUCACACGGGAAGACGUCAUCGCUGUGCAGAACGCAUGGGCGGGCCGCUGCUACCGCAGCUGGUGAGCUGUACGCCUACGGCAGGUACGACGUGCUUUUCAAGCCGACCAAGGCUGCCGAGCACCAGUUCCGGCCUAAGGCCGAAGAGGCCAUGUCCUAUUUUGUCGGUUGCAAGGCUGUCGAUAAUGGGUAUGUUGAGGACGGCGGUUUUGCGAUCAAUGGCGGCAAGGGCUGGUCGGAUUGCGUGUACGACAACCACCAGAUCGCACUCAAGAUCGAUGUCGCCAUCGCCAUGGGCAACUACUACUUCACCUGCGCAACAACUGGAGAGAAAUCCAAAGUCGAGUACACCUUCGGCUAUCAACGCUGCGAUGACGGCAAGGUUCGUAUCUUCUUGCACCAUUCGUCCGUGCCGUACGCCGUCUCCAGUAAAGCAGCGGACCCCAAGGGACAUAUGGUGGUCAGCACAGCAGCGGUCACACGGGAAGACGUCAUCGCUGUGCAGAACGCAUGGGCGGGCGCGAUCAAAAACAUUUCGAAGAUCUACAAGGAGAAUGGCGACUAUGUCAAGGCCGCUGCUACCGCAGCUGGUGAGCUGUACGCCUACGGCAGGUACGACGUGCUUUUCAAGCCGACCAAGGCUGCCGAGCACCAGUUCCGGCCUAAGGCCGAAGAGGCCAUGUCCUAUUUUGUCGGCUGCAAGGCUGUCGAUAAUGGGUACGCUGAGGACGGUGGUUUUGCGAUCAAUGGCGGCAAGGGCUGGUCAGAUUGCGUGUACGACAACCACCAGAUCGCACUCAAGAUCAAUGUCGCCAUCGCCAUGGGCAACUACUACUUCACCUGCGCAACAACUGGAGAGAAAUCCAAAGUCGAGUACACCUUCGGCUAUCAACGCUGCGAUGACGGCAAGGUUCGUAUCUUCUUGCACCAUUCGUCCGUGCCGUACGCCGUCUCCAGUCAAGCAGCGGACCCCAAGGGACAUAUGGUGGUCAGCACAGCAGCGGUCACACGGGAAGACGUCAUCGCUGUGCAGAACGCAUGGGCGGGCGCGAUCAAAAACAUUUCGAAGAUCUACAAGGAGAAUGGCGACUAUGUCAACGCCGCUGCUACCGCAGCUGGUGAGCUGUACGCCUACGGCAGGUACGACGUGCUUUUCAAGCCGACCAAGGCUGCCGAGCACCAGUUCCGGCCUAAGGCCGAAGAGGCCAUGUCCUAUUUUGUCGGUUGCAAGGCUGUCGAUAAUGGGUAUGUUGAGGACGGCGGUUUUGCGAUCAAUGGCGGCAAGGGCUGGUCGGAUUGCGUGUACGACAACCACCAGAUCGCACUCAAGAUCGAUGUCGCCAUCGCCAUGGGCAACUACUACUUCACCUGCGCAACAACUGGAGAGAAAUCCAAAGUCGAGUACACCUUCGGCUAUCAACGCUGCGAUGACGGCAAGGUUCGUAUCUUCUUGCACCAUUCGUCCGUGCCGUACGCCGUCUCCAGUCAAGCAGCGGACCCCAAGGGACAUAUGGUGGUCAGCACAGCAGCGGUCACACGGGAAGACGUCAUCGCUGUGCAGAACGCAUGGGCGGGCGCGAUCAAAAACAUUUCGAAGAUCUACAAGGAGAAUGGCGACUUUGUCAAGGCCGCUGCUACCGCAGCUGGUGAGCUGUACGCCUACGGCAGGUACGACGUGCUUUUCAAGCCGACCAAGGCUGCCGAGCACCAGUUCCGGCCUAAGGCCGAAGAGGCCAUGUCCUAUUUUGUCGGCUGCAAGGCUGUCGAUAAUGGGUACGCUGAGGACGGUGGUUUUGCGAUCAAUGGCGGCAAGGGCUGGUCAGAUUGCGUGUACGACAACCACCAGAUCGCACUCAAGAUCAAUGUCGCCAUCGCCAUGGGCAACUACUACUUCACCUGCGCAACAACUGGAGAGAAAUCCAAAGUCGAGUACACCUUCGGGUAUAAACGCUGCGAUGACGGCAAGGUUCGUAUCUUCUUGCACCAUUCGUCCGUGCCGUAUACGGCCAUGCAAGCGGAGGCCCCUGGUGCCGAACUUGAUUCGACAGUGACCGGUGCGUGA